CUUUUUCUGUGAUUAAUCAUUCUGGUUUUUCAUGAUUUUUUGAGUAAUCCUCGUGCUUUACUAUUUGUUCAUUAAUUUCAAGUAAUAAAUCAUAUUAUAAUAAAAAAAAAAUCGAAAAAAGAAAGAUCAAGUAUACAUCAAUGAUGAAAAUGAAGCUAAGCACUGAUACACAACGCACGGGAAGUGUUAAAAAAGCAUUCCAAGACAAGAGCAAACCUACUGAUAUUCGUAGCAGCAAUAUUUCAGCUGCAAAAGCUGUAAGUGAUGCUAUCAGAACAAGUUUAGGUCCUCGAGGAAUGGACAAAAUGAUUCAAACUGCAAAUGGAGAAGUUACAAUUACUAAUGAUGGAGCAACCAUUUUGAAACAAAUGAAUGUAAUUCACCCAGCUGCAAAAAUGUUGGUGGAAUUAUCAAAAGCACAAGAUUCCGAAGCAGGUGAUGGCACAACGAGUGUCGUAGUCAUUGCCGGAGCUCUUCUAGAAGCUGCAGAAAAACUCCUUCAAAAAGGAAUUCAUCCUACAUUAAUAAGCGAUGCAUUCCAAAAAGCUGCUGCUAAAGCGGUGGAGAUUUUAAGUUGGUUUAUGGCCGUACCUGUUGAUUUAAACGAUAAGGAAUCACUUGUCAAAGCCUCAGCAACGUCACUAAAUUCUAAAGUAGUUUCUCAACAAUCUAGUCUAUUGGCUCCACUUGCAGUAAAUGCAGUUAUAAGAAUUACAGAAACUGGAAAAGAACAAGCUACUGAUUUGAAAGAUAUCAAAGUAAUUAAACAGUUAGGAGGAACUGUUGAAGAUACUGAAUUAAUUGAAGGAUUAGUAUUCACUCAAAAAUCAUGCAACGUUAAUGGUCCUAAACGUAUUGAAAAAGCAAAAAUUGGAUUGAUUCAAUUUUGUAUUUCCCCACCUAAAACAGAUAUGGAUCACAGUGUCAUUGUUUCUGAUUAUUCAGCAAUGGAUAGAAUUCUGAAAGAAGAACGCACAUAUAUCUUGAAUAUUGUUAAACAAAUUAAAAAAUCUGGAUGUAAUGUACUUUUGAUACAGAAGUCAAUUCUCCGGGACGCUGUUAGUGACUUAGCUAUUCACUUCUUGGACAAAAUCAAAGUAAUGGUUAUUAAAGAUAUUGAACGUGAAGAUAUUUCUUUUAUUUGUAAAACUAUUGGAUGCAAACCAAUUGCUUCUCUUGAUCAUUUCACGGCAGAAAAUCUUGUGAAUGCAGACCUUUGUGAAGAAGUUCAAUCAGGAGGAUCUAAGUAUGUGAAAAUAACUGGAAUGCAAAACCCUGGGCGUACAGUUACGAUUCUUGUUAAAGGGAGUAAUAAAUUAGUUCUUGAAGAAGCUGAAAGAUCCCUUCACGAUGCACUUUGCGUAAUUCGAUGCUUGGUAAAACAACCAUCAUUAAUUGCUGGUGGAGGUGCUCCGGAAAUUGAAUUGGCAAUCAAGUUAUCAACCUAUGCUCAGUUUCUUGACGGAGUUGAAUCUUAUUGUGUAAAAGCAUUUGCUAAUGCUCUUGAAAUCAUUCCUUCAACUUUAGCAGAAAAUGCUGGAUUAAAUCCUAUUGCUACAGUAACAGAAUUGAGAAAACGUCAUGCUGACGGUGAGGUUGCGGCUGGAAUAAAUGUUCGAAAAGGAAUGAUUACUAAUAUUUUAGAAGAAAAUGUGGUUCAACCUCUUUUGGUAUCUACAAGUUGUAUUACCCUUGCUUCGGAAACUGUUCGUAGUAUUUUGAAAAUUGAUGAUAUUGUUAAUACAAUGCAGUAAAGCUACUUUUUUGACAUUAAAUGUUCAUGAAAUAA